AUGGAUAAUUUAUGGAGUCGCCGCGCCAACUCGAGCAAGCUCUCUCUAUCCACAGGGUCCAGUCAGGACAACGCCUCAGGACGCAACCCUUCCUUCAAGCGAUUUGGCGGUGACAGCUCGUCGCUCGGAAAGCACUCGUUUGGUGGGGUAACGACACCAGGGAGCACACUCGCAUCUCCCAUUGGCGGUGCGUCGACCGCUUUCGGCUUGGGCUCAGGCGCCUUUGCCUCGUUCGGCUCGGCUAAGACGCCCAAGUCGCCGGGAAACCCCUUCGAUACAGCCCUGGGAGCCGCCGCAAAGACCCCGACCGCUGAGAGAUCGGCGAGGGAUGGUGGUUUGGGCGGCAAGGCAAUUAGCAAGCCGGCCUCGGUUGCCUCGUUACGAGAUGCAGGCAAGACGGCAGCUGCCCAGCAGACGGCCGGACAGGCAGCGCCGACAACCCACCAGCUGCGCAACAGCUGGGUAUUCUGGUUCCGUCCGCCCAUCUCCAAGGCGAACGGCUUCAUCGAGUACGAGAAGACGUUGCAUCCGAUUGCCACGGUCGAUUCGGUCGAGCACUUUUUCAAGGUCUACCAGCACCUGAAGCGGCCGUCAUCGCUGCCGCUGGUGUCGGACUACCAUCUGUUCAAGAAAGGCAUCCGCCCAAUAUGGGAGGACGAGGAGAACAAGAAUGGCGGGAAGUGGGUGGUGCGCCUGAGAAAGGGCGUCGCCGACCGCUACUGGGAGGACCUGCUGUUUGCUAUUAUCGGCGACCAGUUCGGCGAGGCCGGUGAGGAGGUGUGCGGGGCCGUCCUCAGCGUCCGGAACGGCGAGGACAUCCUCAGCAUUUGGGCCCGCGCGGACGGGCAGCGGGUCCUGAAGAUUCGUGAGACGAUGCGACGGAUCUUGAACUUCCCGCCGGACACCAAGCUCGAGUGGAAGAGUCACGACUCGAGCAUCCAGCAGCGCACAGCCAUCGAGGAAUCGCGGCGAGAAAAGGCAAACAACCACCACGGCGACAAGCGGUCGUCAAACAAGCAGCAUCAACAUCACAAUCCGCAGCAGCAUGCAGAGGACAACAAGAACCCCACCAGUUCAUGA